AUGUCUGUCUACACCCAGCCUCUAACUUCCAACUUUCGGUUGAGAAGAGUCGACCUGAGGAGCGCUUCCUGGCUUCGGACUGCUUUCUUUGCGCACCACAAGGUGACCCACACAUAUUUGGAGUCAGUUGGAGUACUUUUGAAUUACUUCAAGGAACUUUUAUUAGGAGUUCUUCAUAAAGUUGGCCAUGGAGUUUGAUGAACAUAUUCCACCAAAUGGAGAAUCCAAACGACGCAGCAGCAGAACCAGAAUGUUCCCAUUUUGGCGGUCAUCAUCACUAUCCUCCCUGAGGACGGAGCGCACGGCAGAACAAGUGCCCAAAAAACGCUUCUCUAUAGGGGUCCCAAACCGCCGAAGGUCUUCAGGAAUGCCCGGCUACAAGAUGACAGAAAUCUCGGACCCUCUGGAUCACGCUACAAGAAGUGAUUCCACAACUGCUUACGAUGAAAAGUAUCAAAGCGAAAUUCCGAGAUCUCCCACUCCAGAACCAGACAUACAAGCUAAUGCCUUCUUUCAAAGGCGACUGAGCACUAUGCUUCAACCCGGUGUCAACAAGUUUUCCCUGCGGAUGUUUGGCAGUGCUAAAGGGGUGGAAGCGGAGCAAGAGCGCGUGAAGUCUUUCAACGUGUGGAUCAUUCACCCCUACAGUGACUUCAGGUUCUAUUGGGAUCUGGUGAUGCUGUUCCUGAUGAUGGGGAACCUGGUCAUCUUGCCGUGGGGCAUCACGUUCUUCGAGGACCAGAACACGCCACCCUGGAUCACCUUCAACGUGGCGUCAGACACCCUCUUCCUCCUCGACCUCGCCUUCAACUUCCGCACGGGGGUUCUGGAGACCGACAGUGCUGAGAUCAUCUUGGACCCAAAGGUGAUCCGGAAGCGUUACCUGCAGGGCUGGUUCAUGGUGGACUUCAUCUCCUCCAUCCCCGUGGACUACUUCUUCCUGGUGGUGGACCUGGAGGCGCGGCUGGAGUCGGCGGAGGUGUACCGCACGGCCAGGGCGCUGCGCAUCGUCCGCUUCACCAAGAUACUCAGUCUGCUGCGGUUGCUCAGGCUCUCCAGACUCAUACGAUACAUACACCAGUGGGAGGAGAUCUUCCACAUGACGUACGACCUGGCGAGUGCGGUGUUGCGCAUCGUGAACCUGAUUGCCAUGAUGAUGCUACUGUGCCACUGGGACGGCUGCAUGACGUUCAUGGUGCCCAUGCUGCAGGACUUCCCACCGGACUGCUGGGUGGCACGCAACAACAUGGUGAACGCCACUUGGCAGCUGCAGUACUCUUACGCCAUCUUCAUGGCCAUGAGCCACAUGUUGUGUAUCGGGUACGGCGCGCAGGCGCCCAUCUCCACGUCCGACGUCUGGCUCACCAUGCUCAGCAUGAUCGUGGGCGCCACCUGCUACGCCAUGUUCCUGGGCACUGCCACCAACCUCAUCCAGUCGCUGGACGCCUCCCGACGACAGUACCAGGAGAAGUAUAAGCAAGUGGAGCAGUACAUGUCCUUCCAUAAGCUCCCCGCUGACAUGCGGCAGAAGAUCCAUGAGUACUACGAGCAUCGCUUCCAGGGCAAGAUGUUCGAUGAGGACAACAUCUUGGGAGAGCUCAGUGAUCCACUCAAAGAGGAAAUAAAAGGCUACAACUGCCGUGAUCUGGUGGCGAACAUGCCAUUCUUUGCCAACAUCGAUCAGCAUUUUGUGACGGUGGUGCUGACCAAGCUGCGCUUCGAGGUCUUUCUCCCCAGUGACCUCAUUAUCCGGGAGGGGACGCUCGGCCGCAAGAUGUACUUCAUACAACACGGCUGUGUCACCGUCAUCACCAGUGACAACAGGGAGAAGCAACUGAGUGACGGCUCCUACUUUGGGGAGAUCUGUCUGUUGACCCGCGGGCGGCGCACGGCGAGCGUGCGGGCGGAGACCUACUGCCGCCUGUACUCCCUGAGCGUGGACAGCUUCAACGAGGUGCUGGAGGAGCACCCCAUGAUACGCCGCGCCUUCGAGAGCAUCGCCCUGGAGCGCGUAGACCGCCUUCCUACCGACUUCCCACUCCAGCCCCCAGAGAAAAGCAUCUUCUGAAGAGAGAUGAGAAGAGAGGGAGGGAGGGAGGUGUGUG